AGUCAUGAUAUUGCAUGUGUUCAAAGCAUAUGACUUUGCUCCUGCAAUACAAAGUCAUACUCAGGUUUGAACCUGGAGGGCCCAGCACAUUCUGCUUUCUGGCAAAGGAGGACAACUGAAAAACAAACUACACCGGCUGCCAAAAAGCUCUAGAAUAAAAAUGCAUUGGCCAUGGGUGUUGAUCACUCUCAGCUGCCUCUGUCCAGCUGCAGUCUAUGGUGGGAAAGUGCUUGUUUUUCCAGUGGAUGGGAGCCACUGGGUGAACAUGAAAGUCAUCGUUGAGGAGCUACAUUCAAGGGGACAUCAAGUAUCUGUUGUGCGAGGAUCAGAUAGCUGGUACAUCAAGGAAACCUCCCCAUUCUACACGUCUGUUACAGUCGAUAUUGGCUCUGGAUUUGAUGAAGACUUUGUCACUGAAUUUGUGACCCAGUUGCUGGAAAUCCAGAGGGAAGGACAAUCCGCCUGGACACGUUUAAAGCUUGAAUUGGAAACUGCCCAAAGGGCCGCUGAGAUGCAUGACAAAAUAUGCAAAAUGCUUGAAAUGAUGUUUGAAAACAAAGAGCUGAUCCAGUCACUACAUGAUGCUAAAUAUGACCUUGUCCUCACAGACCCUGCUAUGCCAUCAGGUGUCAUACUUGCCCACUACCUCCAGUUGCCUCUUGUUUUAAAUGUCAGGUGGACGACUCAUGGUGAAGGCCACUGUGCAAUUGCACCUUCUCCUCUCUCUUAUGUUCCAUUGACAGGGACCGAGCUAUCUGAUAAAAUGAAUUUUCUUGAGAGAGUCCUUAACGUGCUAGUUUUUGCCUUUUCAGAAUAUCAGAUUUCACAGUACGUCUUACCAAGUUAUGCAGGCUUAAUGAAAAAAUAUUUCAGUCCAGACGUAGAUUUCCUCUCUCUGUUUCAAGCUGCAGAUCUGUGGCUCAUGAGAGUGGACUUUGUGUUUGAGUUCCCUCGUCCCACAAUGCCUAAUGUUGUGUACAUGGGAGGGUUCCAGUGUAAACCUGCAAAACCUCUGCCUCAACACUUGGAGGAGUUUGUGCAGAGUUCUGGAGAGCAUGGAGUCAUCAUCAUGUCUCUGGGGACUUUAAUUGCAGAGCUUCCUCAUGACUUAGCAAAUGAGAUCGCCGCAGCUUUUGCUAAACUUCCCCAGAAAGUCAUCUGGAGAUACAAAGGCAGCAGACCAUCCACUCUGGGCAACAACACUUUACUAGUGGACUGGAUGCCUCAAAGUGACCUUUUAGGACAUCCUAAGACAAAACUGUUUGUGGCUCAUGGAGGGACAAAUGGUGUUCAAGAGGCUAUUUAUCAUGGAGUCCCUAUACUUGGACUUCCAUUGAUUUUUGAUCAACGUGAUAAUCUAUUUAGAAUUGGAGUCAGAGGAGCAGGGAAGAUAAUAGAUUUUUUUACUAUGAAUGAAGACAUUUUCUUUCAGGCUAUCCAGGAGGUCCUGAAUGAACCCUCCUACAGGAUGAACAUGCAGAGACUCUCCAGGCUGCACAGAGAUCAGCCAAUAAAACCGAUAGAUAACGCCCUCUUCUGGAUUGAGUUUGUCAUGAGACACAAAGGUGCAGCUCACCUGAGAACCGAGUCGUACAGAAUGCCCUGGUAUUCCUAUCACUCUGUUGAUGUGAUGCUUGUCUUAGCUGGAGUUGUGCUGAUUAUUCUGUCCACCUUUGCUGCCUUAAUUAAAUGUCUAUGCUCUGCAUGCCUGAAAAGAAAAAGUAAACGUGAUUAGAGAGAAAUAAAGUAGCAAUCAAACUGAAAUCUCAACUACAAAUAUGCUUUAAUGUAACUUUUAAAUAUGCAAAACACAGAAUAUUAGCGACCUGUCCAGGGUGUUCCCUGCCUUCACCCUCAGUCAGCUGGGAUAGACUCCAGCUCCCCACGACCCUAAUGAGGAUUAAGCAGUGUAUAGAUGAUGGAUGAAUGGAUGGAUAAAAUACUCGCUUGGUUCAUUCCAGUGAGUUGCAAAAAUAUGUCUGAUUCUUACCAAAAAGAAAACAAAUACAAAUCCUUCAAUAUUUUGUGAUUCUUUAUCAGCAAGGGAGAACACACACAUGUAAGGCUGACUGCAUUUGAUUCAGUGUUUUUCACAGUACUGUUAUUUCUUAAAAAUAAUUAUGUACAUUAAAUUUAUUCACUGCAGCUGGAAUUUUUGAGCCACUGAUUUGUGGAAACUCCAGAUGCACUCUACAAUGCUCAAACUUUGAACCCUUAGGGGAAACAGUUGAUAAUUACAUGGUGAUACUGCCCCUUUAAAGGGAAGAAUUAAAAAGCAUUUUCAAAAUUUGACUAUAUUUGUGCUCUUUUUCAUCUUUGCUCCUCUAAAUUUUAUGAUUUUUAAAUCCAUUCAUAUACAGCGGUACCAUAUACUUAAGAUUUUAUAUUUUUAGAUGACUGCAAUCUUUCAUGAAUGUUGCACAAUAGUUAGAAUUCACGUUCUUAUCUCAUUCAAACCAAGUGUAGGUUUGAAUUUAAACAUGUUCAGUUCCACACUCGGAGAUUAGACUAACACACCGGGGUUAUACUGGGUGCUUACAUGUUUAAAUCAAUGUUUCUUAUAGGCCUUAAUUUGUGUUUUAUUAUUUUUUUAAAUUUAAAAAAAAAUUUUUAGCUGUGAUCUGGAAUGACACGCACACUGUGGCUGUUACUGAGUUAUCUAGCAUGUUUAGAGCUAGCUUAAUUGAGAGUACACAAGCACACUGAUCUUGCUUCAUCAGUGUGUGGUGUAGGUGUAAUGUUAAGAAAUGUGUCUAAGAAUAUCUUUAGGUAAGAAAGAAACAACUGGCUUAGGGCAAAACAAGACAAAAAUCUUUUUACAGAAGUCAUAGACCAGACACUGUGGGCAAGAACAAUUUACUAUCAAGUUCACCCCAAAUAAAAAAGGAAAUCAUGCAGUUCAAAAUUCAACUGAAUCCCAGCUGGGGGUCUACAUUUGUUUGCUGAUGACAACAACCACCCUGCUGUGUCUAAAGCUGAAGGGAGCGGAGUGAAUAAAGACAACAACUUCCUCAGGAAGUCUUGAAUAAACCCGCCCACAGUAAGAGAACAUGAAGGGCCUGCCCCGAUUUCAACACUUAAUGGGUUUAACUGGCACUCGGGCAAUGCUGCAAAUAACAAGAAAUACUACUCAGAACACAACCACUGCUGUAAGUGACAGCUUUGGACAACCUGCAGAGAAUCUCCUGGCUGGUCAUCCAAUUAAGCCAAAGAAGCACAGUGUCCCCAGGAUACAGGCUGUCCUAAAGGAAGAAGAUGCUGCUCGCCAGAGGAUUUAUAGACUGCCUUGGCAUUAAACUGUAGAUACAAUACAUCUUGUGUUACACUGAUUAUUCUGCAUGUCCUUUUUUUUUUUUUUUUUUUUUUUUUU